AUGUCAUUUCCUCAACUGUUUAAAAAAUCUAAAUUAGCAUCAUAUGAUCCUGCAGUACCACAAGCUUACAAAACCUUUGGACAUUAUAAAAGUCGUGGAGACUGGGGAAUAAAACGUAGUUUACCAAGAGUUUCACAUUCUGAUAUGGUAGUUAUUGGUGCAAUAGAUACAACAGAACAUCAAACAAUAUUUCACAGCGUUCAAGCUGAAAAUAAAAGAGAUGAAUGGCUGACAAAAGAUCAAAAAUUCAAAGAUGAAUUUGGUAAAAAUCCCGUAGCUCAAGAUUACCUAAGGUUUCUAAAUCUAGAUUAUCAAAGUGAAAAAGAACCUAUCAAAGGAUUAACCUAUUCUCAUAAUAAUCCUGGUUCAAAUAUCAUAGUACAAGGACGUAUACUAAACAAAAGUUAUUAUGCAAUUAUUGCCGUUGGUGUUAGUGGUUUAGUGACACGUCUUCAUAAUUCUAAAAGCAUGCGGUUGACACAGAUUGAUCGUAAUAAAUUGGAAUCAUUUUACGUGGAAAAAGCAGAAUUUGAUAAAAAAGGAAUACCAAGAGUUAUUUUAACAAGAGUACCACCGCUCAACAUCAUAAGCAAUCUAAGUUUUUCAAGCGAUCCAUCAUCAUCUGAUUUGUCAUCAUUUUUAGGUUCUGAUAGAUCAAGCGUCAACGGUAGGAAAUAUUCUUCAGAAGAUAGACAAACACAGGAACAAAUUUUGGUUAAACUUCAAGAGAUAAUUAAAGAAUUUGAACCAACUAAAAAAAGACAAUAG